GAAUAUGGCAAACGGAUCCUCGACCAUCUCGCUACUAUCCGUGGACGCACUGUCAUCCCACCCAAAUCACGGAGUGCUGUCCUAGGCAAACACGAAGCGUUUCUAGCAACUGAGGGUGUACAGAGUAGUUCAGCCGACGGCGAGGCACCAUUGAUAUCAUACUUGUUCAAUCGCUCGCCUGCGUCGCGAACGCCAUUAGCGGAACUCAAAAAGAUCGCGCUUGGGGAAUUACGAUGGUGCGAAGUGAUGCGCGGACGCGUAUUGGUCGUUCGUGCGAUCGCUCAGCCGUGUGUUGUUGAGGGUGCGUUAUGUGCAGUUAUCGAGGACGAACACGGCGCUGUGCAUAACUUACGUGUGUACAAUGUCGAGUACACCGAUGCGCGCAAUGUACUUCCGUUCGGAGUUCCUCUGGCUAUUAAGGAACCGUAUUGUGAAGCCGCUAUGGAAGAUACGAGUGGGGUUAGAGUCGAUCACCCUUCAGACUUGGUCUACCUCUCAGAAGGAGAUCCGCACUAUCCGGAAAACUGGCGAACGACGUUCCCGGAUGAUCUUCCCUGCUCGCCAAGCGAGAAACUGAAAGAUGAGGGGAACGAAUGCUUCAAGAAGGGUCUGUACAGAGAAGCUAUAUGCAAAUACACCGCUGCACUUCGCCGAGAUCCAUCCCAGGCGCUCAAAACUUCAAUUCUACUCAAUCGUUCGCAGUCCCACCUAUUAUUAGGCUCAUAUGCGAAAGCUGUCGCAGACGCUGAAGAAAUCAUCAAUGCGCCUGGAGACCAGCCAAACGAGAAAGCCCUCUUUCGCGGCGCUCGUGCGUUGUACGCAUUGAGCCGAUACGACAAAGCACAAACCUUCUUAGAGCAACUCACAUCUGCGUUCCCGCAAAACAAGGAUGCGAAGGUCCUUCUUGCGAAAACGGAAAUUAGGCUAGCUGAACAACAGUUUGGCAAGUACGACUGGGUAUUGUUGAUCAGUGAAGCAAGAAACCCCACUCCCCGAGCUGAAGCUGCUGAUUACAUGGGUCCUAUUGGUCUAUGUGACAAGGGCUUCCUCACCGCAAAGAAUGAUAUCAAAGCCGGAGAGCUGCUCUUAUGUCAUAAGGCCGUUGCUGUUCUCUAUCCCCCGGAAAUGAAGGAUGAGAAAAGUAUGCUGAUCUAUGAUACUGUGAAGGGAACCCUGGGUAGAGGAGAAGGCUUGAAGCUGACGCAAAAGGUUGUGGACCGAGUCUCGCAUGAUCCCACCUUAAGGGAGAGCGUCUAUUCCCUAGCAAAAGGGUUGAAGAUUUAUGAUACUAUCAGCUAUGAUACUCAGGCCCAAGAGGUGGAUGGGGAGAGUAUUGUCGAUAUUCAUAUUCUGGACACAAUCCGCGAAACGUAUGCUGAACCAUUCCCAGUUCUCCAUCCAGUUGUUCCAGUCAGUAAACCCCCGGCACAGGGCCUCGGUCUCUGGCCUCUCGGCACAACAGCGCACCUCGCUCAUUCCUGUCUUCCAAACGCAUGCCGCAGCUUUAUAGGUGACGUUCUCGUCCUUCGUGCAUGCCGUGAUAUCACAGGCGGAGAAACAAUAUCAAUAGCUUAUGUACAUCCAACCUUACCGCUCGAGGAGCGACGUGCUGUGCUUGGACGUACACCAGGUACCUCGUGUACCUGCAAGUUCUGCGAGAUCGAGGAGAAAGAAGGGACAGCAAUACGUCAACAACGCGUAGACCUCUUACAAAAGGUGAAAGAAAUAAGCGAACGUGCACCUGCAGAGACGUUACGCACAGAUGCAGGCCGGGACCAAUCAAAUGCUCCAGACGAGACUGUCGUACGCCAGGUGGUAAAGGAGGUCUUGGAAAUAUGUGACCAACUGGAAGCUACCUUCACUCAUCCAACAUACGAACAGCCUCGCUUCCCUCUUCUCGAACCACUAGCCUAUCUCUUUGCGUGCUAUCUCUAUCUCGGUCCUAAUUCAACAGAGGAUGCGCUCAAGGUGAACGCUCGGUACCUCACUUCGCUAGGCUUCUCGUUUGAGUACGACUCUGCUCCUGAUGCAGGGAAUGAGAAGAGUGGAGGCGGGGACGUCAGGGUCGUCCAGCAUGGAUUCUAUCAUCCUUUUAUCGUAAGGGCACUCGUGCAACAGUCAAGCGUUUGUUGGCAAUUGGGUAAACGACGCACCGCAGAUGCAUGGAGACGGAUCGCAGAGAACUCGAUGGAGAUUAUCACAGGGCAUCGUAAACUCUUCAGGGACGGAUACUCAAAGGUAUACGAGAGCUUGAAAUGGGAACUUUGAUGAAAGUCUCAACGGCUGUCAAUGUCAUGGAAUGACAGAAUAUAGCUCAAGGAGAGUUUAAUGCCAUUGGAUUAA